CCGCCUCCCCGCGGCUCCGCUCGCCGCCCGCGGCCCCGCGCCGCGCCCCCGGGACACGGGGCGCCGCCGCCGCCGCCCGCGCACUGACAGGCGCUCACAGGUGCCGCGCUCGACCCGAGUCGCGGAGGGGCGGCCCCGCUGCCCUCCCGGCUCCGCACCGGCGGGAGGGAGGUAGCUCGGGAGGGAGGAGCGGCGGGGGAGCAGCCGGCAGCGCCGUUUCCUGAAGUUCUGGAAGUAGCAGGGCAUUUUGGUUGCUAACUGACCUGAAACUUGCUCUAUCUUGAAAAGAUCUGCAGUGGGUGACGUUCACUUUCACAUACCCCACAGUUCUUUGCAUCAGAAGAAAGAGACCUUGUGUGCAAGAGUGGUUCAAGAUGAUGAUGUAAUGCUGAUAACACUGAAGGACUCCUGAGAAUAACUGACUUUGUAAGAGGCUUCUCCCUCCCCUUCCCUUUUUUUUUUGUUUUGUUUUGUUUUUUUAGUAACUUCUCUCAGAAACUACAAGCAAGAUGCCAGCCAAAACACCCAUCUACUUGAAAGCUGCUAACAAUAAGAAAGGGAAGAAAUUCAAACUGAGGGAUAUCUUAUCUCCCGAUAUGAUCAGUCCACCACUUGGAGAUUUUCGUCACACCAUACACAUUGGAAAAGAGGGACAACAUGAUGUUUUUGGAGACAUCUCCUUUUUGCAGGGCAACUAUGAGUUAUUGCCUGGAAAUGAAGGAGAAACCAGAAUUAGCCAGUCUGGUGGCCACAAUGAAUUCUUAAGGGCAAACAGCACUUCUGAAUCCAUGUUUACAGAAACUCCAUCACCAGUGCUCAAAAAUGCUAUUUCCCUUCCUGCCAUUGGGGGUUCUCAAGCCCUUACAUUGCCCUUAUUGUCACCAGUGACAUUUAAUUCAAAGCAAGAAUCCAUCAGGUCAUCAAGAAAUCCUAGGCUUAGCUGUGAGCCAGUAAUAGAAGAAAAAUUGCAGGAGAAAAGUAAACAGAUGGAGGAUGGAGAAACAUAUAAAGAUGACAUAUGGGAGCAAAAUGGUUCCUCUUCGCAUUUUAUUAAUGGUAGAGACAGUCACUCAUCCAGCUUUUCUGAACGAUGCACUGAUUGGCAAACAGUCGAUUUAUUUGAUGACAGUCAACUUUCAUGUGAACUAACCAAGACAAAGACUAAGUCAGAAGAAUCCCUUUCAGAUCUUGCAGGCUCUCUUCUCUCAUUACAACUUGACUUGGGACCCUCACUUUUGGAUGAGGUCCUCAAUGUAAUGGACAAGAAUAAAUCUUAGAACUGGUACUCCCUUGCUUCUUUGUAAGUGAUUCACUUAAACAAAAACAAAUUAAAAAACACAGUUCAAAAGCAGACACUUAAAAAUCAGCUGUAUUUGCAGUUGUUUUGACGGGUUUUCUAAAAAUAUUCUUAAAAUACUAUUUUUUUACCUAUUGUUUUUCAUUAUUUUUAUUACACUAAAUUCUCAUAGCAGGAAGGUAAAUUUUAAUAACAGUUUUCAGCAUUUUAAUAACAGUUUUCAGCAAAUAUAAAAUGUUCUUAAGUACCAGUAUUAAUGAUCAGAAACUUAACAGAGUUAGAGGAUGAUACUGAUUGUGACAUUUGGUUAGUUCACUUCUAUGGGCUUCUGAAUUUAUGAGAAUCUCUUAAGUGUCAGAAAGGAGACUGAUAUUAAUUAUUCACUUUUAUAAAUUAUUACAACAUCACUUUACAUGUAGGCCUCUUUCUAGAACCUUGUGUUUGAGGGUUUGAUAGUGUUUUUCUUCAUUUUCCGUAGUACCAUUUCUGUUAUACCUUCACCGUAACUACUUUCUUGGUCUUAGCCUACCACUCUGUAUUCAUAUGUGAACAGUUUGAAGCCUUUUUCAGCUUGAACACCUGGUCCAGAGUCUCAGCUGCUUUGAAUGAGUAUGCACAAAUUUACACAAGUUGAGACUUGGGCCUGACAUUGUAUGUGAAAUGAUAUGUUGUAAACAGGUGACACAUGCAAGAUAUUAUAGUUAAAUUAUUUUAAAGUUGAAAUAUAUUUUCUGUGUGCAUAUUGGCUUUUUAUUGCAGAGCCUACACAUACAGUAUCUCAUCAAAAUAGUUGCUUGGCAUUAUUGGUGCUCUUCUGAAAAUUGUAUAUUUGUGUGUUUGAAAAGAAUUAUGUAUUGAUACGCCUUGCUGGUUUUUUUCUUCAUUUAUUGCCACAACAUGCUUAAACUUGCAACUGAUUAUUUUAAUUUUUGAAGAAGGCACUGGUUAUUCACAAUGCUUGUGAUGUGUGCUGCAACAGGCAAUGUUUUGGGAAAUGUCAAUCCUUUAAUACAGUACCUACAUGGAUUGCAUAGAUAUCUUGUGCAAUACAAUAAAAAAACCCCAAACUUUAAAUUGCUAUGUCUUUGUGAUUCAGUACAUAGCUUCACCAAAACACAGAGGUUUGUUUUAUGCUGUAAUGAAACAGACUGCAGUAGAAUUGCAGAAAUAUGGGACCAAGGGGCAGAUAAAUUCUACUAUCUUAAUUCAGUUGACUUCUCCAAUUAGGUUUACUUCCUGAGGUUUUAAGGGCAAACUCCAAGAAGGUAGGACCCUCUGGGAUAAAUGCUGAUUUUAAGUAACUGGGGACGAGAGGGUAAUACUUUGGUGCUAGUGAAAUUAAUGGCAAAGUUCCAGCAGCUUUCACUGAAGUCUUUAGGUAAAAUCCUGACACAGUUUGUAGACUGUUCUUCAUUAGAUAACCUCAUUUUUCUUCCUAUCAAAACAUGUAAGUCAUGGAUGAUUUAAUAUAUAUUUAUCCUUAAAAUUUUUAGGGAGUCAAUGCCAACUAAUUCCCUUCUGUCAAUGUGUUUUAGAAAGACAGCCAUCACUCCUGUUUCUGCUUAAGCUUAUAUUGUUGUGCAUUAAUGAGAGAAGCAGCUAGAGUCUCCCAUAUUAUUCCUGUAAAUGAGGAACUGAGAUGUAGAAUGGCCAAGAACUGUGGUAAUUUUUAAGAUAAUGCUUAAUUGCCUUGGAUUUCAUAUUCUCUGUGUAUAAGCCUAGGUCAAAUUUCCAGUGCAUUCAUUAUCCAAGAAGAAUGGUGGUUCUGUGGCUAUAGUGCUUUUUGUCUUUUAGAAAGCAGGUUUUCAAGGCUUGGCUUGGCCACAUGUUUCUUAUGGGAUCUGGGGAUUUAGAACCUGAUGAGAAUUUAGGCCAAAACUUUCACUGGAAAGUUUGGGUGAGAUGGGGAAGUAGACAUUUUCUGUGUAGACCCUUCAAAUACUACAAUUAGAACAUUAAAAGUAUUUGCUGAAUGGAAAGUCAUUAUCUUGCAGGACUCUUCAAGUAAGCAUUCUCUAGAAAGCAGAAACAGACUCUUAGAGCAGCUAUUGCAGUCAUGUUAUUUUUGCUUUGUUGUGUUUUGUACUUGAUUUCCUGGCUUAGUCUGCUGAAAAAUGUCUCACUACUGCAGGAUUUUUUAGUCUGUAUUAUCCUUCCUUAUGUGAUUGCUUUUCUAAAUUUGUAAAUCCUUAGGUCUUGUGAUGAGGGUGGGUGGUCUGAACUAAAAUAAUAACCAUUGCUCCAGGCAAAAACAACUACUGUUUUGUGGAAGAGAAACUUUUCUCAAGUCAAGAACAGGACUUUUACACUGGGAAAGUAUUUUUCAUAUUUCUUUAAAGUCUUCUUGUUACUUCCCUCAAAGCUGGAUCCUUCAAAUGUUCAGAUCUGCUCAGUCUUACAUGUGAAGACCUAGGAGAUGCAAAGUUGAAAUGUGCUCAGCUUCUGUUCUGACACGGUCUUCUGUAAAAUACUGCUUUGUGUAAGCUGAUCUGGCAUCUCAGCUGUCACAAUACAGCUUGUCAGAUCAAAACCUUGAAUUUCUGGUUUGUGAGAAAUUCUGCUUUCCUGAAACCUUCAUGAAAUCCUUAACAAAUUAGAAUUUCCAAGGAGCAUAUAUUUACACAGCAGUUUCCUGAAAACCAAGAUACUGCUGCAAGUUGGCUUUCUGGCUGGAACAGAGGACUGGAAGGAGUUGCCUUGGAUAUCACAUCGUUUUUCUCUGGCCAUGGGGAAAAGUAUGCUAACUGUACAACUGCCCAGAAAGUUCCACAGAUGCUUCACAAGUCUUCCAGUAUGCCAGAAAACUCUUCCUCAUAUCUUCUACUACCUGAAGUAUAGUGAAGACCUAAAGAUGUAAUCUAAAUGUGCCAAAGUUAGAAAGCAUAUGUCUAGUUUCUGCAUGAGUAUUUGCUAAAUUCCUCAUCUGUACAGUCCUGCAAGCUGGGGUAUGCACAAUACAAAAAUAUACCAGAAAGUCUAACAAUCAUCCAAUUCAAGAACCCUUGAACCCCUGUCCCAGUACCCCUGCCAGCCUGACUGAAGUGGGAGGUAAAAAGCAGGUCAAAUGCUGGAAACUGCACAACCCCAUUUUGAUCUCUGUCUUUUUCUAACAAGGACCAAAUCCAAUGCCUUAGAGGAAACAGAAAAGCAAAACAAACCUCCCAGCUAGAUCACCACUGACGGAUGGAAAACAGAGCUGGGUUUGGCACAAACACAGUUUGUCUUGAAAGUCCCUUGUAUAGGUACAUAAAGUAAUUAAUGACUUCCACGGUAACCUUAUUUUCCUCUCCACAUUGACAAAGCUUUAUUAUGUUAAUAAAAAUUGCUCAUCAGUGACAUUUA